ACAGGUCGAGGCCGAUAUCGGCAACCUCAAUACCAGGGUUGAAGCCUUGGGCUUACAAGAUUGGAAUCAGUCCACCCCCGAACAACAUCCAGAACGAUUCGGAAGACGAAAUCAACUGAAGGCAAUGCCCAAGAGAUCGCUCAGGCGCUCAAGACAUAGACUCUUGCUCUGCGCUUCUGUGGGCACGUCAGUCAAAGCAUGAGCUGACAAGGUACAGAGACACUCCCACCGCUUCUUCAUUCACCACCUUCGCGUGGUGCUGGCAGAUAGUCAAGGCAAUCCAAUGUCCAUGAGCUCGUUCCAGGACAGGGAAGGCCUUUUCCAACUUGUGGAUGACUGUCCGAAGCUUCCCGACGUUGCGUUGACGCCAUGUGACCGUACUGCCUUGCGCAUCGACCACAAUCUGGUGAGUGUCCAUCAGGUACCGUGCAUGUGUCGUGAUGUUGUUCCAGGUGGCGUCGUGCAUUGGCGUUCGUGGCCAGAGUCCUUUUGCGAAUUGUAGAGUCUUUGUGGAGGGAUCAUCGCUUCUAGAGGCGCCGUUCGACGUGCGCUUGAAUCUCAGUGGUAUAUUGAUACGCUCAACAGAUCCUGUAAGUCUGUCGUAUUCAUCCAGGUUGUCUGUGGGAGACUUCUCUUCCGGACUGGGUCAGUCGGUAUCGAGCUUUCAGCGUGCACUGCUUAUGCGCUCCACUGUAGCAGGAUCAGCAAGCUCGACGCACCUCUUGCGGUGUCAAUGCUGUUCAGUCGAGCCUGCGACAUUUGCAUCUGACCCUGUGCUACCUCAGGCCGGCAACAGACGCAUCAGGUCUGCUUCAAGAGAUAGGUUCUAUUUUAUUUCAAUCAAUUUCCAUACUUUAAUACGUGCAAGCAGACAUACGCUCGACGCGUGUCACUGGGCGACAACUUGCUCUGACACACGUUCCCAAGGAUCUUUGUAUACAGAUGCCCAAAUGCUCAUUUUCUGCAAAGCUCAUAGAUCCAUAGCAAGCAACCCUUUGUAGUAUCCUCAUGGUUCAAAAAGCCCCCGCCCAAUCAUGUGUAGCUAGUUCUUGAAUGUCACGUCCUUGGCAGAGAGGAAUAACUGGGACCAGCGGCCUUUUA